CCCAGGCCCGGCACGUCCCGAUGACUCUGUCGGGAAGGGACACCGACAACUUAAUGCAGUGGCCACCAGGGUUGUCCGCCCACCAAGCAGGAGGUCAGCCCUGCGCCGGUGGCCCGAGAAACAUUUUCAGCCCGGACGCUCUUCGGGACCCUGGCCGGGGCUGAGCCGCAGCCGCUCCCCGCAGCACCGCCCACAAGGCAGAGAACUCCUGGCCACACUUGCAUGUGAGUUCCAAUCCUCGGGAGGAGCCGCUGAGGAAUCAAAGCCAUCGUCAUGGAGUUCGUGAUGAAACAAGCCCUGGGAGGGGCCACAAAGGACAUGGGGAAGAUGCUCGGGGGUGACGAGGAGAAGGACCCCGAUGCGGCCAAGAAGGAGGAGGAGCGCCAGGAAGCCCUGCGGCAGGAGGAGGAGGAGCGCAAAGCCAAGUACGCCAAGAUGGAGGCGGAGCGCGAGGCCAUGCGGCAGGGCAUCCGAGACAAGUACGGCAUCAAGAAGAAGGAAGAGCGUGAGGCCGAGGCCCAGGCCGCCAUGGAGGCCAAUUCGGAGGGCAGCCUGACGCGGCCGAAGAAAGCCAUCCCGCCCGGCUGUGGGGACGAGCCGGAGGAGGAGGACGAGAGCAUCCUGGACACCGUCAUCAAGUACCUGCCCGGGCCGCUGCAGGACAUGUUCAAGAAGUAACGCCCCGGCGCCGGACACAGCCCGCCUGAGCCCGGACCCCCACCCCCGCCGCCCCCCUUGCCUACCUACCCCCUGUACAUGCCCUCCUCGGAGGCCCCUGAAGGGAUGUCGGGAGCAGAGUGCAGUCCCCCAAUGCCAAUAUAAGCCAUAGUCCUAGACCUACCCGCCCCAUGCCCCCUCGCGCCUCGGAAGCCUGCGCUCACCUCUCGCCACCAGCCCACUCCCCUCACUGCCAUUGCCACCGCCUGGGGGGAAGGGGUGCCCGCCCCCCCCCAGGCCCCCCCCCCCCCCCCCGUGGACCGGCCCACGUGCUCCUCUGGGUUGGACCCUCCUCCCCCAGAGCCUGGGACGUCCCUUACUGCUCCCGCCCUUCACACCCACCCAGCAGUGCCCGAGGCCAGGGCCACCGAAGGGCCAGCAUCCAGACCAGCCGUCGGUGCGCCGUCCCUGCGUUGUUGGGCGCUUGUCCCGUCCCAAACUCAGGAGCACAGCCAUAGUGGGGGGAAGGCGGGCGUGCGGGCUGGGAGGGGAGCUGCGGCAGGGGUGGGGAGCCUCCCCCACCCCCGCAGUGACACCUGGGCUGCAGGGUCUGAACCCUGCAGUCUGCAGGUUGCCCACCUCCACCUGCACCCCUCACAUUGUCCUUCUGUCUCAGCCUGCCCUCCACCCCCCCUUCUCGGCCCACUCCUCUGGAAGGCUUUGCUUCGGACAAAUACCAGGACCCGGUUCUCUUCCAAAGGAAGGGAAACCAAGCAAUAGGCCUGGGGGAGCUCCGACACGCCCCCGCCCGCCGCCCUGCGCAGCGCGGAACAGUGCAGCCCCUCCCGCGCCCUGUGACUCCCGCCCCUCUGCGUCCGUCCGUCGGCCCAGCCCUCUCCCCUCCCUGGUUGGCACCUCCUAUCUUCUUAGCGGAGGCCGCUCUGGGGUCGCGGGCUCCCCUGCCCUCACCCUCUGUGCGCCUGCACCUUCCGCAAGAGCGGGGAGGAGGCUCAGGCCCUCGGAUGAGCGCGGCACCUGGAGACGGUCCCUGAGGCCCUCCUCCGCCAGCCAGGUGCGGGCCCCUCGAGGUGGGGACCUGCCAGGUGGCCCCACCUCGGCGCAGGUGGAGUCUGUGGGGAGCCACCGUGGGCCUCCCUGACCCUCUGUCUCUUCAUCCUUGUUUUCCUCUGCAUCACGAUAUGUUGAAUCUCAGGUAAAUGAGGUCUUACGUGUUUGGGGAGUUCUAUCGGGACAGAAGGCCCGUCGCCUCGGUGUCCGGGGGCCCCUUUCUGUCCGUGUCACACAUUCAUCGCGUCCACGUGUUGUGGGCCAGGGGCGCGGCCCCACGUAGCUCUUUAGAGAAGCCAUAACAAUAGACUGCAAUACUACCUUCGGACGCCCUGCGCCCUCCGACUCCUCCCGGUCCCGUGUCUUUUUUAAAUGCCUGUUUUCACACGUCAACAAGCCCGCUCCGAGCAGACAGGGCCUUGUCUCGUAGAAACCCCGCAUCCCGUUCCCAGCGCAUGGGGCGCCCGGAGCCGCCAAGCUUAGCGUAGACCGUGGAUGUCGUCCGUCCUUCUGUCCUUGCGCCUGCCUCCUCCUGCAUGUGGGGGGCCGCCGCGUGUGUUCUCUCUGGAUGGAAUCACAGCCAAUAAACACGCUAGUGAGUUCA